GCGCGGAGGUGUGUCAGCAUCAGCAUCCCCCUCUGGGUGAAGAUAACCGGAAGGAUGCUUUGGGAGGGGGGCAGCUGUGCGGAUUUUAUUGCGUUGACGCUGGAUCCGCUUAUAAACAAUCCCUGAACCAGUCCAUGUUAAUUUUUUGUAAAUUUUUCGUUGUUGAUAUUUUGUAUUUUAGCUGCCAUGUUCCCGUGGUGUUAUUCCAAGCCCGCGGACAGCGGCGGUAGGAGAAGCUCCAUCGCGAAGCUGCUGAUCGGCGUGUUUGUGGUGUACAUGCUCCACACAGCCUGGCUGCUGUACGGCUUCCUCAACACCAAACCCUGCGACGGAGGCAGAAGAGAGCACUGCAUCAUCUCCUAUCUGGCAGCAAGACCCAGACUGCAGCUUAGUGUCUUCACCUGCCUCGUGCCAGACAACAGCCAGCUCACCCUCGCUGUAAACAUUGCCCCAUUUGACCCACACUCUACAUUUGAUAGGCAGGUGAAUGUCUCUGUUCCAGAGGAAACUCGGGCUAAUGGCACUCUGUAUGCAGUUGUUUACAUUCACAAAGCUGGUGUUUCACCUCUGGAGGACAGCAGAGAAGUUCACCACAUAGCUCAGCUCACCACCUACAUCUCUCCCACACACACAGAAGGGCAGAGAAACACACAGAAGAGGUCCAGCCCCAGAUCUGAGAAUCCUGUAUCCCACUGGAGACCUCACCUGUCAGUUACUUUGAUGUCAGAGGACUUCACCUUCAGCAAGGUGGGGCUUCCUAGUGACGUCCGGCGCUACAUGAGAGUCUCUCAGGAAGGCCAACAGAUGCUCUACCUCCCCCUGCUGCUGGUUAACGAGCUCAACUUCAGAGUCAGAGACCUCAUGGAGAUCAACAGCAGCACUGCUCAGCUCCCUCUGACUGUGACCUAUGAGGGACUUUCUUUGCAGAGAUUCAGGUUUUGGGUCCAUCUACAGGACGUGGUUUAUUCCCUGAGACAGUUUGGCUUUACAGAGGAGAACAUUGAUGAAAUUAAAGAAACUCUCAUGGGAUCCAACCUCUACCUGUUAGUGCUGACUGCACUCAUCACAGCUCUACAACUCAUCUGUGAAUUCUUGGCUCUGAAAAAUGACAUUAGCUCAUGGAGAAAAAAGAAGAGCAUGGCUGGAAUGUCCAGGAAGUCUGUUUUGUGGCGUAGUCUCGGUACGUUGCUGAUUUUCCUCCACCUGCUGGAGGAGACCAGUCUGCUGGUGCUGCUUCCUGUCGGACUGGGAGCAUGUGUUGAGGUCUGGAAGGUGUUUAAAGUGUAUAAGAUCCCGCUGCAGUGGAAAAGCUCUAAGCUCUAUGUAAAUAAGCUGGAUGAGGAUGAAAGAAAGACAGUGGACUAUGAUGCACAGGCAUCCACAUACUUGUUCUACUUGGUCUAUCCUCUGUGUAUCAGUGGAGCUAUUUUCUCACUGGCCUACUUACGCCAAAAUAAUUACUAUUCCUGGUUGGUCAACAGCCUGGUGACCGGAGUGUAUGCCUUUGGCUUCCUGUCUAUGGCCCCACAGCUCUUCAUCAACCAUAAGUUGAAGUGUGUGAGCCACCUGCAGGGGGCAGUGUUGAUGUACAGAGGAGUGAACACCCUGGUCUCAGAUCUGUGCUCCUGUGCCUGCUUUUUUGCUUCUUCUGGAUCCUUCUCCUCCUCUCAUCAACUUUCCUGCUUCAGAGAUGAGCUACUCUUGUUCUUCUACCUCUACCAGCGCAGGCGUUACGCCCCCAAGCCCAGAAGACGAGAGUCCGGGACCCAAAGCAAGAAAGUCAAGACCCAGUGAGAAGAAGGCAAUAAAUAAUGCACAAAAAUGCAAAAACUCCUCUUUGAAAGACCGACUCAGACGGGCCACAUGCGACCACGUGUGCCACAGCAGCUGCUGUUCAAUCCAGGUUGAGAUGUUCUGCUUCGGACUCCUCACAGUGCUGCUGCUGACUUACUCAUCACCAGACACUCUCUGCUGUACAUGUUGUUUACCUGGUGAAAAUAUUUUCCCAUUUGUAUAUACUUGUUCUGUUUUCUCUGCAUCCAAAGUGCGUUUUAGUGAAUGCAUUUCCUGGUAAAUCACCAUCUUUUUCAAGCACACAUGAACUUGAUCACUGACUCUUUCUGGCACUAAUGAGUUUUAACAGCUUGAACAGGCUUGAAGCUCCCAGGUGAGUUUAAAGGAUAAAGUUGGUGAUGUUGUAUAUUUUUCAUAUUAAUAUCAACUGAUUGCAUGAAAGACACCAAAUAGAUCCUACUAACUGUGUAGCCAACACCUGAUAUAUCAUGUUCAGUCCAUUGAUGUCUGAAAAGCAUUAAAGACAUAAAUAAGCUACACCUUUGUCCUGGCUGACAUGUGCAAUGUAUGUGGGCAGUGCAGCUGGUUUUGAGUCAGUCCCACAAACACCAUGCUGCUGCUGCUGUGAAUACUCAUUAAACAUGUAUUAAUCCACUGCUCAAACUAGUUGACAACAUACACACAUUGUACUUCUCCUGAUUUAGCUGUUUAUAAAAGCAUGAAAGUGUGUAUAUUUGUGAGCUGAAGAAAGUACCGAGGGACUGACAGUUUGUUGAUACUGUAGUAAAGGUGGAAUAACAUCAGACUUCUCUUUUAAAGCAUUUUUUAUACAUUAACACACAGCAAAGCCAUAUGAUCUGUUAGAGUGAAAUAUUCUCAGUCAGAACUGCAUUUUAGGUGAGCUUUUCCUCUCCUGGCACAUCCUGGAACCUAUCUGGUAUCUGUGGAAAUGCCACAGUCAUGACUUUGAGGCUCGCAUGGCCUUGCAGUACUCCUUUGUAAUUACUGAGACCGUACAGGGUUACAGAUCAACUACAUGGCUCCAGCAAGGAUCAGACUAGCAACAUGAAGCGUUUUUGUUUUUCACUCUUCUAUACCGGCUCCCACUUAAAACCUUUGUUUUUUGUCAUUGUAAAUGCUUUGGGUAUGUAAAAUAAUUUUAAAAGAACUGAAACCAAGUUAAGUACAGUAUAUAGAAACUACAGCAUUGUCAGCAAGUUAAGAAUGUCCUACACAUUUUUAGUGGCAUGUGUGUAUAAAUUCCUGCGCUGCAGUCUGCUGUUCAGGAGAUGCAACUUAAAGCUGCUUCCU